GUUUCUAACACAACAGAGCAACGGCGCUUAGAAAAAAAGGCUGGUGGGAGAAUUUUUGGGCUAUCCACCUGUUUCAUGGCUGCGUGUGGGCUCUUCUGAAAAGAGAAGCAUGUCAGGAAACUCUGGAUGCCCCUUCUUCCUCUGGGGACUUCUAGCCUUCUUGGGCUUGGCUCUGGUUAUAUCAGUGAUAUUCAAUAUUUCCCACUAUGUAGAGAAGCAGCGGCAACGAGAUAAAGUGUACAGAUACUAUGAUGAAUACAUUUCAAGAGUUGAUGAAUAUUAUGUUGAAGAUACUCCAAUUUAUGGUAAUUUAGAUAAUAUAAUCCCAGAGCCAAUGGAUGAGGACUGCUAUGAACAGAUGAAAGCUCGGCCACAGAGAUCUGCGAGUGCCAUGCAAGAAGCCACUGCUUCUGCACAGGUACCUGCUGAAAGUCAGAUGUGCUAUGCCACACUGGAUCACAGCUUCAAGGGGAAACGCAGAAGGCCCCGGAAGCAAAAUGCUAAUUUCUCAGAUAAGGAGAAGGAUGCACAAGUUUGUGCAAUGGAUGCCAGCAUUUCUCAGAUCAAUUUGGUACCAGAUUUCUCAUCUGAUAACCAGGCAGUAGAAGAAAGUGUUCAUGAUGAUCCUGCAAGACUGUUUGGAUUGAUCCGUGCCAAGAGAGAGCCUGUAGUCUAGCUGGACAAUGAUCCAACUCACUGAUAAUGACCCUAUCAGAGUUGGUUAAGAAAACAAGACCCUGGUGUGACACACAAGGACCAGCAGGAUGAUAGUCUACUCAUUUGUUGAUGGGAUGGUAGCUUCCUUUUCUCAGAGAUUGUGUCUCCACACACCAAAUCUAUUAUAUUAAAAUUAGCUAUAUAAAUUCAUUAAAUUUAUAAAUAUCCAAGUAGGAAAAGUAAAACAAUAAAAUCCAGUUUGUAAAUUAAAUUACUUGUUAAAAAAGUCAAAAUGUGUAGUAAUACCUAGGAAAAUUUAAAAAAUCUAAAGUACAUAUGUGCCCUAGAACAUACUGAAGGAAAGAUGAAAGACAAUGUCUCAAAAUAUUAAUCAAUCAAAUAUUUCCUUUUUCAUCAAUAUGAAAAUAUUAUAAAUUUCAAUAAUGUCUAAUAAUUAAAAGUACAUUGCUAAGAAAAGUAGAAUAAAUUGAGGAGUAUUUUUCAAAUAUGUAAAUAGCAUAAUUAUUCUAAAAUUAUUAU